UUUGCAUUUCACGUAUCAUAUCAUCUAAUAGUGUUGAUAUAUUUGUUAAAAUUGUGUAGUAAAAAUGGCCUGGACAAAGUAUCAAGCAAUGCUAGCGUUAACUCUUGUAGUCACAGGAUCGAUUAACACACUUAGCACCAAGUGGGCUGAUUUCAUCAAAUCUGAAAGCUCUGACGGUCAGGUUCGACCUUUUGAACAUCCAUUUGUUCAAGCAUGGGCUAUGUUUCUAGGCGAAUUUCUUUGUUUGCUGACAUUCAAAGGAUUCUACUAUCAUCUUCGACGAAAAAAUGAUGGUUCAGAGGAUCGUCAUGAUCUUGUAAGAGGAAAUAGAGAAUUUAGUCCUUUCAUUUUAUUUGUACCGGCAAUGUGCGAUAUGAUCGCGACAUCUAUAAUGUAUGUGGGAUUGAAUCUUACCUACGCUUCAAGUUUUCAAAUGCUUCGCGGAUCUGUUAUAAUUUUCGUCGGUGUUCUCAGUGUGGCAUUUUUAAACCGAACUUUGGUAAACAGAGAGUGGACUGGUAUCAUUUUCAUAAUUUUUGGACUUGCUAUUGUUGGCUUUUCCGAUUUUAUUACGGAUAACGGUGCGGGUAGUUCUUAUAGUCGAAAUAAUGUUAUUACUGGAGAUCUGUUGAUAAUUUUGGCGCAAAUCAUCACUGCUGUACAGAUGGUCUACGAAGAACGUUAUGUCGCUGGAUUGGAUAUUCCAGCUUUACAGGCUGUUGGAUGGGAAGGAUUCUUUGGAUUCAGCAUCCUAGGAAUUCUUCUUGUACCUAUGUAUUUCAUAACAACGGUUGCUCCUUUUAACGAUAAUGCCCAUGGAGUUCUUGAAGAUUUACCAGACGCCUUAGUGCAAAUGAAAAACAACUAUCAACUGAUUCUGGCUAUCUUAGGUACCAUCAUAUCUAUAGCAUUCUUCAACUUCGCCGGUAUUAGUGUAACAAAAGAAAUAUCUGCAACGACCCGGAUGGUUCUAGAUUCCGUAAGAACAUUGGUUAUUUGGAUUGUUUCAUUAAUGCUCGCGUGGCAAAAAUUCCAUUACUUACAAAUUUUUGGAUUUGCCGCUUUACUUUUUGGAAUGUGCCUUUAUAAUGAUAUUUUUAUAUUACAAGCAUACAAUCGUCUUCAUAACUAUUAUAUUCGCCGGCAAGAAAACAGCGAUGGCCAAAAUGAAGCUAUAAUCAAUAGACGGGCAGAUGAACCAGAUUGUUAGACUGAUAAAAAGUGAGGAAUGUGGCAUGUAAUCCUAAACUUCCGAUGUACAUGUUUUGUUACAAUAAAGAUGAGUAAUACUUUAAUGGCUCCGCAUGUCUGAAAUAUUAAAAAUUAGAUCAUUUAGAAAUGGGUACUUCCAAAUGCAUGUAUUUUUAAUCUAUUCUUUUAAUUAAAACACUUUCUAAUGAUGAAACAAAAGUAAUAACACUAGAGAUACUUCAUAAAAAAACAAACAAAUCAUUCAUCGUUAUUCUCUCACUUUACUGUUGAUACCGCUCAUCAGCCGGCGAAUACCUUGUCACCAGUCGAGUCACUGUCUUGGCCAGCCGGUUCCACCAAUUCUUCAUGUGGUCAAUGCCGCUGCUGGUCUACUGCUACCUUCAUCCUCAGCUUCCACUCCAUUAUCGCCUAAUACUUUUCUUUUAGACAGAACUGGGCAAUUAGGUGGGUUCAGCUCCUAUGAUAUGAGUUGCUCUCCAUUGCCGUUGUAUCGUUGUAGGAUGUCCUUGCUGUAACGGCAGCAGGCUAGAUCUGGCCAAAACGUGCCUGGACCAUCAUGACGAAAACGUGGAUGGGUAACGUGUGACGUGGGCUGUCUAUUUGCUUGAUAACACUUUUCGGUGACAGAUUUGAAGCACAGCACAGCGGUCAGCUUUCAGAUUUUUUUGCCAGAUAUGAUCUGGCAUAUUUCGAGAUGUUGGAAUCUUUGCGAGCAGUCGUGAGAGUUUCCUUGUACUUUGUAAUUACUCGCGCGUCGCGCCACAGAGCUCUUAGGAUAAUCUAACAAUUUUACCAGAUUCCGAGUUGAAGCUAAUGGAUUUUGGAGAUGACUGUACACAAUUCAUUUUCUUUUCUGUUCCUACAAGAUGGAUAUCCUAAUACCACGUUAGUUUUAAACUGCGAAAAAACAGAGGAUAACUAUUUACAAACUACAAAACGCUUCCAAAAUGUUGCAUAUCCCAUUACUUACAGUGCCGCUUUCGCUAAAAUAAAGUACCCCAAUUCAAAAUGAUCUAAGAAGCUUUAGCCAAAGAAAAAGUAGGUACACUGUAGUCGUUUUUAUACGUUUGACGCAAUUUUCCCACGAACGUAACUUUUUAGGCGAUAUUUCUAACGAUUUCUCAUAAGCGAUGCAUUUUAUCAACCUACAUACAAUAACUUUGCAUUUUUGGCGUAAAUUCAAAUUUUUACUUGAGUUUCGAAAUUAAAACCUUCAGUCUAAUUUUGGUAGUUGUAAGAAUAUUUCAAAUUCUAGAAAUUACACAAUUUGUACGCGACACGUAUCGCUCGCGCUCAAAACGACUUCAGAGUACAUUGGAUUUGAUUACUACGAGAGCAGUCCUCUUAAACCUUGAAGAACAUUGUGAAACAAAGAAAAGAUAUUCAAACUAGAACUAGUAAACUGCAUACAUAAAAUGUCUGCGUCGUUUUGUUUAACAAACUAACUUUGACAAACAGGUGGUCUAAGCAUGUUGUGUAUCGCCUUAUUUUUUCCAAAAAACAGCCUCUUUUAUUGUAGUAUUGUUUUUUUGUUUAGCAUUUAUAAUUUCAAUAACUCUUUAUAAAUUUUAAUAUAGGGUGUUGUUUAGGAAAAAAUAAUGAUGUGAAAAACACUUAAAUUAUUUAGAAAACAUGUUGUAUUUAAAUCCUACAACAAAUGUCAUCAUUCUUAGGAAAAAUAAGGUUUUCCCAUGGUUGCUCAUAAUUACCCCUAAAAGUGAUGGGUAGCAUGUUUGAAGCGUAACACUGCGUAGUUGGUAGGAGUUUGAUAGUUAAUAACAACAAGCUUAUAUUCAAAUCUUCCAAAAUUUUCCAUAGCACGCAUUUAAAAAAGCUGAACAACUUUGUUUAUAGAAUCUCAGUUAGGUAUUCCCAAACGCUGUUUUAUUUUAUAUUAUACUAGCAUCAAGGGUCACUUUGCUAAUCUGGUCUACUUUUGGUAUAAUGUAAGUCACAUGCGAUAUGAUUGUGGUUACUCAACUGUCAGUAAAUUUUGAUUGGGUUUAUUUUAAUUUGUUAGUGCUUCGAGUCGCUAUGCUGCCCGUUCUUACCGCACUCGACACUCGACGGUGACUGAGUCGAGUCGAGUUACUAUUGCUGUUGCAGUUGAAAAGCGUAGUUAUCGACGUACGGCAUUCGGUUUUAUUCUUGCACUAUGUGUCACAAGUACGUCGCAAUAUAAAUAUUUUUGUUUAUAUGUCUCUAUGUUCCCCAUGUAUAAAAUUUUAUGAAAAUCUGGGACCCUCCAGAAAGUAAACGCAAACGUAGAAAAUGUGCUUGAGGUUAAUGUGGCUGCUAGACCUUACUUAAACGUAGGUACCAAGAAUCUCAUUUUGAAUAUUGUGGAAAGUCUAGUCCAAGCUGAGACUAAUUUUGUUUUCGGUCCAUACAACCAUGUUUAAUUAAAGGCCCAGGCACAAUGCAUACGGAUUUUACUACGUUGCGGCAAUUUGGCAGUUUUUCCAUGGGUUUUCUGUCAAAUUUCCGCAACGUAGUAAAAUCCGUAUGCAUUCUGUCUGGGCCUUAAGAGUUAUACAUCUUUGGAAAGAUAAUUCUGUCUGCGCAGCAAAAACUAUAUACAAUGCUUUAUUUUAAUCUUAAAAAUUAUAGAAUCCAAAAAUGUGCGAAAAAAAAAUCCUUUUUUUUCCUGUGUGGACUCAUCACUGCGACCAGUAUAGUUGAUCUAUUGUGAUAUCGCCCGGAUGUUUGCUGUAUGACCUUCAUUGCAUUUCUUUUUGCUAUAAUCGCUAUUGAAUGAGCGAUAUGCUAAUUAAAUUUUAUGCGUGCUUGUAUGUAUUGUGGGGUUUACCCUUCCUUCAAAGCUUGAUCUACUUUACCCACUUAUUUCUCACUGUCAGUACUAUCCCAUAUUAUACCCGUCCGAGGACUCAUUCGUUUCUCUGACCAGUACACUUAACUAUAGAAGGGACUUUUGCACUGUCAAGAGUGGGUAAAUUUAGAAUUCAGCAUGAAGGAAAAGUAAAUGAGGUAGGGGGGGGGGCUGAGAAUAAACCCAUGCUAAAGUCACUGACAUCGAAUGACUUGAUUCUACUAAGAUUCGAACCUACGACCACUCGCUUGUCAAAGUACACUCGGUAACCUUGCGGCUACGGAGCUCCCCAAAUCCUUUGUCUUCGUCCUUUGUCAAUCUGCCAGUGUUGGGCACCGCUAAUUCGCUAACCGAUACAAUUUGCUCGAUAAUCGUAGAAAUUUCGCUAAUCACUAAUCGCAAACUACAAAUUAACAGUCACUGUGUAUUUUUGAACAUAUCGCAACAACUUGCAUUGUAAUCUGUUACUGUACAAAUUAUUACUAAUUUGUAUAUAUUACACGACUUUUCUUAAUUUAACUAAGAUAAAAACCUUUUUAAUGGAUAAAAUGCUCUAAAGUAAUUUUAAAAUAAACAGCGGUACUUCAUUUGGAAUUAUGGACCAGCAACAAUUCGGCUAGUCUGAGUAUAAAUUAUAAACUAUAACUAGCGUUUCUCGAUUGGUCGGUUAGCGAAUUAGCGAUGCCCAAUACUGCAAUCUGCAUAUGAUUUUCGUGGCAUACUAACAACCCGAAAAAAAUUACAUUGAAUUUUGUAGUAGAAACAAUUCAUCUAUAACAGUUUUUAUUGUUAACAUUGAAACUUAUGGUAAAGGUUUCCAUUAUUUUUAAGAAUACUGAAAAUAUAUAUCUAGUUUCUUCUAAUUCAACAUAAAUAUAUAAGCGAGCGAUGUUUAGUGGGAGAUUUUAGGCGCUAUUUACAUAUUUGGCGGAACGAGCGCUUAUUUCUAUGGGGGCUGUAGCCCAGGCUUAGCACCCCCCCCCCCUUCUUUGUUCCGCCAAUGAUUUACAUUCGUCUAAAAAUAAUCAAAUUUUCUCAACAUGCAACUAACUUUUCAAUAUUAAGUAAAUCAGUUGCUGUCUGACCCAUUUUAUCGCAGAACGAUCUCAGUAAGCAAAAAGCGACUAUUUGCUGUCGGCGAGGAAUUGUGAAUUCUUAGAAAUUUGCCGUCUUACUCUUACCACAGACUAACAGACGUAACACCUCGAACAAAUUUUCUAACAAAACAUAGUUUCAAUGACACCCCUAAAACUUGGAAAAAACACUAGCAUCACCUGGUGCAGUCUUCGCGCUACGCAGAGUAAGUUGCUAUAAAUUUAGCAAUGCUAUAAAUUUACUUGUAUAUUACCUGACAACAGCGCCAACGCAGGUGAGCUGCGUUCUCGCGCAGCGACUGUUGUUUGAGUCUUGGCUUAAGCGAAAAUUUGAAAUGAUCGUUUUUAUUGACGAUGGAAUGAGACUCCAGUGUUACUUCUGUUAGUCUGUGCUCUUACUGAGCAUACCAAUUCUAACUAACAUUUAAUUUCUAAAUGAUGCAACGCCUGAUGAUGAAUGGUGACUAUUGUUGUAUUAACUGACUUCUUUAGUUGAAUAAUUUUUUAGUAAUUUUUUUUUGUAAGUUUUUUAUAAUAAAGAAAAUUAAUAAAACUGGGCAUAAGUUUCUUAAUGCCUGGUGCACAUGGAAAAGGCUGUCAAAUCUAAUAUAAUUAUUAUUCUUAGUUGGAACGUCGAAAUAUGGA